AUGGGUUUAAGAAAAUUUUUAAAAAUGCAACCUCCCAAGGAGGAUACUUAUAGUGAAAACCAAUUUAAUUUAAAUGAAUUAGGUAUCUCAACUAAAUCAAGCAAACAAAAAAGGGAGAAAUUUGCAGCAUAUGGUGCUUACGCAAGAGAUCAUACUCAAGAUAAAUUUUAUGCCCCUGCAGGUUACGAAGUAUAUGCAAGACCUCAGGAUUUAAAUGCAGAAGAAGAGGAGGAAUUUGAAGAUGAAGAAACUAGUGAACGUAAAAAAAAGAAUCGAUUAUUUAAAAGAAAUAAAAACAAGACCAAUGGGAAUACAAAUACUAAUAUGAAUACAAAUGCACCUGCAACUACAAACACGAAGACAAAUGGGACAAACCCAUAUGACCAAUCACAAAAUGAUCCAUAUUCUAUUGGUGGGGGUAAUUCAAAUAAUGAUCCAUAUAGUAAUGAUGAUCCAUACAGUACCGGCAAUAAUUCUGGAUUUUAUGAUUCUCAUCCUACUGCUAAAAACUAUGGAUUACCACCAAGUGCUAUGGAAUCUAAGGGUAACCCAUAUAUCAACAAUAACAUAUCAGAUUAUAAUGGUGAUUAUAAUAGGAGCAGAGAUUUUGAAUCUUCUUCAUAUAAUGGGUAUAAUAAUCGUGAAAGUUCUUUAGACCCACAAUAUGGGGGGAGUUCCAAUGCCAAUAAAAACCCUUAUGGGGGGAGUUCUAGUAUGGAUAGUCCGUACUCUGGACUUGGAAUGGGCAAAUCAGAAAAUAGUCUAUAUUCUGGCCUUGGUAUGGGCAAAUCAGAGAGUAGUCCAUAUUCCAAAGUUGGCAUGAAUAAUACUAAUAGUAACUCAAGAACUAAUGUUCAAUCGAGGCCUGUUACUAGUAAUGGAUCUAAUGAUAGUAAUCCAUAUAAUCUUGCAUCAGAUACUCACGAUACAUAUGAUCGACCAAAUCGUAUUAGUGGAUUGAAACAACCUAAUAUUGAUGCUGGAGCAUCAAAUCCAUAUAGUAGAAGAAGAGGAGUUAAACCUAACAAGGCUCCAUCGAUGUAUUCAUUAGAUUUAAACCGUAGUCCAUUGGACGACGCACAAAGUACAAGUGGCAAUAUAUCGUCUUUGCUAUAUGCUAAUAAAGAAGGAAGUAAAGAAUUUGAUUUUGAAUUGGCUGAAGAAGAACAGCGAAACCAAGAAGAAGAGUAUGAUGAUGACGAUGAUGGAAUUAGAGGAUAUGGUACUUCAGGAAAUCAAAUGCAAUUAGAACAAUUGGAGAAAAGUAAAACUGAAGUGAUGAAUGAUGUUGCCAUUGAUGAAGAUUUGAACGCCACAAUUGAAGAGAAUGUCACUAGUUCGUAUAAUGAUAACAAUGGGUAUGGUAAUAGUUAUAACACACAGCUUGAAGAAGAAGAAGUGCUACAAGAUUCGUAUGGGUAUGGCAACCACCUGCAACAGCAGAAAGGAUACAAGACGUUCGAUGAAUUACAGCAAGAAGAACAAGAACGUGAACAACAAGAAGAGGAAGAAGAAGUGAAUGAGAUUAAGAAAGAAAUUAAAUUUUUAAAACAAAGUUCUGUGGCAUCGACGAGAAAUACAUUAAGAAUGGCUAAAGAAGCUGAAAUGUCAGGGAUGAACACUUUGGGCCUAUUAGGGCAUCAAAGUGAAAAAUUACACAACAUUGAAACUAAUUUGAAUUUAAUGAAAGCACAAAACGUGGUGGCAGAUGAUAGUGUUUCGCAAUUGAAGAAAUUAAAUCGAGGAUUAUUAGCUAUCCAUGUAUCAAAUCCGUUCAAUUCCAAGACUAGAGCUCGUGAGAAAGAAGAUAAGAUUAAACAACGUAAGAUGGAAGAACAAUUAAUGCGUGAGAAUGCAAACCAAGAUUUGAACACUUCUACAAAGAGAAUUGAAGAUGCAAUGAAUGGUACUGAUAUGAAUACGUUACAAGGGCAAUAUCAUCGUAAACAAGUCUUGGAAAGAAACAAGAAAUUCUUGUUUGAAGCAGAUGAAGAGGAUGAAGAAGCUGAAUUGGAAAUGGAUAGAAAUUUAACCGCUACAAACCAAAUUGUAGGUCGGUUAAAGAAACAAGCCAUGGCUAUGAGUUCGGAAGUGGAUUCUCAAGACAAGAGAUUGCGUAAUAUCGAGGAGGAUACUGACAAUUUGGAUAUCAAGAUCCAUAUGAACACUGUAAGAUUGGCUGAUAUUCGAUAG